GUCCAAAAAGAAUGCGAAAACUGAAACAACUCCAGAUGUGCUUAUUUGGCAGUCAGUAGCAAGACGCUCGCACACAAAGAACACCAGAGACCCCUAGAACAAGGAGAAGACCCUACAAUGGAGGAUCUGCCCCUCUCUGACAUCUCGCUCUUAUGACAUGCCCAGUCUGGCCGGUGACCAGAUCUUGUGUGGGGGAUCCAGCGGUUGUGGCGGCUCCAGCUGUGUCCACAGUGUAGAGAUUCAUGUUUUCUGCCACAUCACGGACAAGCCUGGACUUUGUGUAUCAGAAAUCCCGGAGGAUCUAACCACCACACCCCCAUGUGCACCUAGCAAUUCUGAGCUUCCAAACAUUGAGAGGAUGGGAUCAUACAAACUUCUAUAUGAUACAAGUACGUAACAAUUAAAAACGUCCAGGUAAAAAUGAGAGUUCGUCUUAAAGGGGAUAUUCUCUGCACCCUUUUUCUCUUCAUCGCUCUAUGUACAUUAUUCUACACUUUGAUGAGACCAACGUCAAAAAUAUCCCCUGUUAAACCAAAAAAGGCAAAGAUUGUAUCCAAAACUGCAAAGCCGAGGAAGUUUUUGGAGACAAACGAAAGGGCGAGUAGUGCUAGGCUUCUCUCAGAAGCAUACCAUGUAGACGAAGAUAUUGAGGAGAAAAAGCCUACUGAUCAGGCUGCAGUUACACCACCAGUGUUUGACUUCCAUCAGUAUCUCAAGAGUAAGGACCAGCGAAACUUCACCCUGCUGAUCAACCAACCAAAUAAAUGUUCCAAACCCCCAGGAGAUUCCUUCCUCCUCAUUGCUGUAAAGUCGAUUGUGGAAGAAUUUGACCGGCGAGAGAGUGUGCGCAAGACCUGGGGUCGAGAAGGGGUGAUUAAUGGGGCAAGGGUUCGAAGAGUGUUCCUUCUGGGAACGCCCAGGAAUAAAUCUGCUGUGUCGAUGUGGGAGUCGCUCAUGCAACAGGAAAGCCAUUACUACAAGGAUAUCCUACUUUGGGAUUUUCUUGACACUUUUUUUAACUUGACACUGAAAGAGAUUCACUUCCUUAGCUGGGCAGAACAAUUCUGCGGCAACGUUAAGUUUGUAUUCAAAGGAGACACUGAUGUUUUUGUUAAUGUAGAGAAUCUGAUUAGUUACUCACAGACACAAGAUCCUUCCAAAGACUUGUUUGUUGGUGAUAUUAUAAAUCAUGCUAAGCCUAUACGAUCAAAGAAGAGUAAAUACUACAUACCGGAGACAAUGUACGGAUUAGGCAUGUACCCAGCAUAUGCGGGUGGGGGAGGAUUCCUAAUGUCAGGCGUGACCAUGAAGAGACUAUCCAAAUCCUGCAGCGAGGUGGAGCUCUUCCCCAUAGAUGAUGUCUAUCUUGGCAUGUGCUUACAGAGAGUCAACAUCACGCCAGUGCUACAUGAAGGGUUUAAAACGUUUGGAAUUACCAAGCCCUCGGCGGCCCCCAACCUGCAAACAUUUGAUCCUUGCUUCUACCGGGACUUGAUGGUGGUACAUAGCCUAAAGCCUGCAGAGAUCUGGCUUAUGUGGAAUCUGCUUCACAGUCAACAACCACCAUGUUCUCAGAGACAGAGGAUAAAGAAACUUUUUCAUUGGAGGAAGAAGAAGGCAAAGCAAGCAAUAAAUGCAGUUACAAACAAAAAAAGGAGCACAGAGGUUCCAGAUACAGGCUCACAGAAUCAAAUAUUGGAAAUGUUGGGACUAAAAAAACAAUACGAUUAAAGGACUAAGGUAACGGGGUCUGGAACACAAAUUAGUUACAGGCCCUGAUUACUCAAGAUCUUCCUAGGUCAUGGUGACAAAAUGGGCAGGGUACCAUUCAUUAGUGGGUGGUAUUCACAUUACCUUGAUUGAAAGUUGGAAUUGGCCAUGUGGUUUCCACAUUUGUUCGAGGAACUGGAAUGUUUGCAACCAUGCAGUUGUAACAAAACCUAGAGGAAAAAAAAAUGCUUGGGGCCAGAUUCUGGUAGGAGCGUGUAUGUUUGCGGCGGCGUAACG